UCCACGAUGGUUUCCACUCCAGAGAACCGCCAGACCUUCAUCAAGUCUGUCAUCAAAUUCCUCCGCCAGUACCAGUUUGAUGGGCUGGACCUUGACUGGGAGUACCCUGGCUCCAGGGGCAGCCCGGCUCAGGACAAGGGUCUCUUCACCGUCCUGGUGAAGGAAAUGCUGGCUGCCUUCGAGCAGGAAGCCAGGCAGGUUAACAAGCCCCGUCUCAUGAUCACCGCUGCUGUUGCUGCAGGACUUUCCAACAUUCAGUCUGGCUACGAGAUCGCUGAGCUCGGCAAGUACCUGGACUACUUCAACGUGAUGACUUAUGAUUUCCACGGUUCAUGGGAUGCACAAACAGGGGAGAACAGCCCUCUCUACAAAGGCCCAGGUGACACUGAUGGCAAUAUCUAUUUCAACGUUGAUUACGCUAUGAACUACUGGAAGAGCAAUGGUGCCCCAGCCGAGAAGUUAGUUGUUGGAUUCCCCACCUAUGGAAACACCUUCAGACUGCAAAACCCUUCUAACAAUGGUCUUGGUGCACCAGCAUCGGGACCCGGGCCUGCUGGACCUUACACACAGGAGGCUGGGACACUGGCUUACUAUGAGAUCUGCACUCUGUUGAAUUCUGGAGCCACACAAGUUUGGGAUGCCCCCCAGGACGUGCCCUAUGCCUACAAGGGCAAU